AUGUUCAAGCUUGCCCGCGGUCGGCCAAUUGCCGCGGCUUUCAGGGCUGCGACGGAGUCCUCCGUCCAGUCCAGACUGGGUCUGCAGCAGAAGCGAAACCUCUCCAUUCACGAAUACCUGUCCACAAGGCUCCUCAAGUCGUAUGGCGUCGGUGUUCCCAAGGGCGAGGUUGCUCGUACUGCCGAGGAAGCUGAGGCCGUUGCCAAGUCGAUCGGUAACGACGACCUGGUCAUCAAAGCCCAGGUCCUCGCCGGUGGUCGUGGCAAGGGUACUUUUGACAACGGCUUGAAGGGUGGUGUUCGGGUGAUCUAUUCUCCGACCGAGGCCAAGAUGUUUGCCGGCCAGAUGAUCGGACACAAGCUCAUCACGAAGCAAACCGGUGCCGGCGGCCGUAUUUGCAAUUCGGUCUACAUUUGUGAGCGCAAGUUCGCCCGCCGUGAGUUCUACCUCGCUGUCCUCAUGGACCGUGCCACCCAGACCCCCGUGAUCGUGGCCUCGUCGCAAGGUGGUAUGGACAUUGAGGCCGUCGCCAAGGAGAGCCCCGAGGCUAUCAUCACUACCCCCAUCAACAUCAACGUCGGUGUGACGGACGACAUCGCCCGCACUAUUGCGACCGACCUGGGUUUCUCUGAGCAAUGCAUCGAGGAGGCCAAGACCACCAUCCAGAACCUCUACAAGGUCUUCAUGGAGCGCGACGCUACUCAGAUCGAGAUCAACCCCUUGUCGGAGACCUCGGACCACCAGGUUCUGGCCAUGGAUGCCAAGCUGGGCUUUGACGACAACGCCGAGUUCCGCCAGCAGGAGGCUUUCUCGUGGAGAGACACCACCCAGGAGGAUGCCGAUGAGGUCAAGGCUGCUGAGCACGGCCUGAACUUCAUCAAGCUCGACGGUGACAUUGGCUGUCUGGUCAACGGCGCCGGUCUUGCCAUGGCCACCAUGGAUAUCAUCAAGCUCAACGGUGGCAGCCCCGCCAACUUCCUUGACGUCGGCGGUGGUGCCACCCCCGCUGCUAUCAAGAGCGCUUUCGAGCUGAUUACCAGUGACCCCAAAGUCUCCGCUAUUUUCGUCAACAUCUUCGGCGGUAUCGUCCGUUGUGACGCCAUCGCCCAGGGUCUGAUCAACGUCGUGCAGGAGAUGGGUCUGCGCACUCCGAUCGUCGCUCGUCUGCAGGGUACCAACAUGGAGCAGGCUCACAAGCUGAUCAACGAGUCCGGUCUCAAGAUCUUCUCCAUCGAGGACCUCCAGAACGCCGCCGAGAAGUCCGUCCAGUUCUCCAAGGUUGUCAAGAUGGCCCGUGAGAUUGACGUCGGCGUGGAGUUCACCCUGGGCAUCUAA